AGUGUUGCGUGACAGUGCUAGUGUUUGGCGCGGUUACCGACGCUUGGUGUCAACACCGAUUGCUCUUCGCCUGAACUCGGAACACUCCACCGAGGAAAGUCUGCCUUCGCCUUUUAAUAUGUAAACCUGGUCAAAGUAUAAGGGCUGAAACUAAAUAAGCAACAAUAAUGGCAUCACGGCUGCUAUCUAACACCUUUUUGAAGAAUACACUUUGUGGCAGACAUACUGCUUGUGGAAUAAUCCAGCAGUUACUGUACUCAACUGACCCAGAUUUGCUCACAAAAGAAACUUUAUUUACCAAACUCCCAGUCAAGGAAAUCUCACCCACUUGUAACGACCAAAUCGCAGGCCGGAAAUGGUUACCAGGAUCCCACGGUCGAGGUUUUCCCAAAUACUUGGCUAAGCCCAGGGAGGACUUCCCGCAUGCAUUAAUGGCUAAAUCCGCUGACAUGUACAGUAUUGACGAGAUCGCCAAAGUCACAAGACAAGUCAUUGAUGAAGAUCUCCCUAAAUAUGGCGCUGUGCUGUUCCGUGGCCUGACUCUGUAUGAUGUACAAGAUUUUGCCAAUUUCUCUUUGGCCUUAGGAUACAAGAGUAUGGAGUACACAGGGGGGGCUGGCAAUCGGCAGAUAGUUAACACUCAGUCACAGAUAUACACAGCAAGUGAUGACCCUUCAGCAUACACCAUUGAGCUGCAUAAUGAACUUGCUUAUUCACCUACCUACCCUAGAAAGUUGAUGUUCUACUGUGUGGAUGAGCCAGGUGAAGGGUGUGGCGGUUACACCGUCCUCUGCAAGAGUUCAGACUUUGUGCCAAAUAUUCAUCCCGAUGUGAUCAAGAAGCUUGAAGAGAAACAGGUUCGGUAUCAACACCGCGUGCCAGAUCAAGCAAGCUCUAAGUAUUCCUCAUGGCAAAAAAGGUUUAACACAACAGACAAAAAGAUAGUUGAGAGUUUCCUCGAGAAGAAAGGGUUCACAUACAAAUGGGAAGAUAAGUCCUUGUCAUACUGGAAUAUUCUACCUGCAUUUAUUCCUCACCCUGACACUGGGGAGAAAACCUGGUUCAACCACGUGCAUCGCAAACACAUUUCCAGCUACAGAGAAUCCCCCAUGUUCCCGGGAGAUGACCACCUAGACACUUCUUAUGUAUUCGGCUCUUUUUAUGGUGACGGAAGUGAGAUUGAACCGGAAGUGAUUCAGCACAUCCGGGAAUGCAUCUGGAACAGCACUGUUGGGUUUCAGUGGCGACAAGAAGACGUGCUGUUAGUGGAUAACCUGACGACGCUGCAUGGUAGACUGGGAUUUAAUGGAAAGAGAAAGAUUCUGGCAAAUUUAUUUGAAGAUUAGGUGGAAAGUAUAGCGCUACCAAAGUUGAAGGUGCGCUCUGUAGGCUUGUGAUAAAAACGCUGAAAAGUCUUAUCGCUAGACCAGCCUGCCGACUUCAUGAUAUCUUGGAUGUUAACCUCUCUGUUUGCCAAGAACGAUGUGGAUGCGGCUCUGGUGCUAUGAGCUUUGAACUGAGAAACAUCAACACCUGCUGAAGUGAGCACUGCUUUGCACCACCUCGAUAUGGUAUCCGUACUUGCAGGGCCAUGAGGCUUUGCAUUACAUAAAAGUAGUUGCUUGCAAUUAUUACGUAGGUUUUCAGUUCGUAGGAGGCAUUCCUUUAAGUACUUCAUUAUGCAUAGUUUCUCAUCUUUUGGGUAUGCCAGAAAAACAAUAGAAGCAAUGUGGUGCCCUGUCCGAGUUUGUUUAAUCUUCUCGGUUACUGUGAAGGUACAGCUAGAGUCAGACAGUUUCGUAUUUUCCAGAGAAAACAACGAGAUCGUCUGGCAUCUCUGUCCACUCAACAAAAUUAGCAAAAAUGUAAGCUUCAAGGUCAAUUCCUUCAAAGUAAGGGAUGUAACAAUUUCGCCCUUGCGAAACCAGUCUAGGACAACACUCAAGUCCCAAGUAGAUACGUAGCGUGGGAGGGCAGGCUUAAGUUCAAAGAUGCCCUUCAUAAAUGUCUUAACGAUAGGUAACUGUCCAAAUGGCACCGAUGAUGAUGCAUCAAGCUGCAGAAUAGAGGACAACAUGCUUCGGGCUGUAUUGACAGAGCUAUACGACAACCCUUGUUCAUGUAGUCUGAUAUUGUGAUGUAGUCCCUUCCCUCCAAGCUGAAGUAAUAAUCUUCACAGAUCGCUCUGUAAAUCCUAGUCCAGUCAGUUGUUGCCGGACAAUAGACAGAUAAGAAGGGUUAGUUUCUUGUGCUGUGGGUGAACCGUUUCCGGGAAGGCUGGCAGGGUCAGCAGACCUUUGAAUGGCGGCAGCUUCACUAGAGGACGAGCAAGCAGAGACAUCAGGAUUGGGUACCAAGUCUGGCUUGGCCAGAACGGAACAACCAUCACUCCCAUCGCUUUGUCUUGGAUGAUUUUCUGCAAAACCUUUGAGAUGCAACUGAAAGGUGGAAAGCAGUAGAAUUUCUCAUCAGACCAUGAAAUGGUAAAGGCAUUUAUGAAAGAGGCCUCUGGGUCUGGUCGAUAAGAACAGUAGGCAUCAAAAUGCUUAUUAAGCCUAGAGGCAAAUAAGUCAAUUUCUGGUUUGAAAUUUAGAUUGCUCAAUGCCAUGUCUAAAUUUUCUCGGUUAAGCAUCCAUUCGGUAUCUUGUGAAUGGAAAUGCCUGGAUUCUCUGUCUGCCUCAUGAUUAUCAACUCCAGGAAUAUGAGCUGCUGUUAUCCAAAGCAUAUUGUGUGAAAUGCAAAAUUCCCAGAUUUGAACUA